CAUUUGCAGGGUGGCGCCUCACAUCUGGAGGAGGGAGCUAUUUGCAGCAUCAGUUUAUCCCAGCAUCAAUUAUCUUCGCGUUUUAGUGUUUUAUCCAUGAAAAAUUCCACCUGACAGUUUUUCAGAUGCGCCAUUUUCAGUUCCGCUCGGGAUUUUAACGUCUCUCGCUAACACCGGAAGUAGGAAGUGUUGCGCCUACAUGGGCAGCGUUCUGGCUUUGUCUUCCGGUCCGGGCCAUCAGAACUGGCCUUUCUCUUCGGACCCCCCUCCUUCUCGCUGGGACGCACAUCCUGCUCACUGGGACAGUCCACCACGCUGGGAGAGGAGAGAUGGCCGCCUACCCAACCCUGGCAGCUUUCACUCUCUCCACAGGAGCUGCAAAGAUGUGUUUCCUCAGCAGAUUGAGGGAGUCAAGAUGAUCCUUAAUAAAACUCUGAGUAGUUUCUUCAAGGUCAGUCAUACUCUCCACCUCAGUGCUGUUAGUCCUUCGUACUAUCGAUUCCACGUGGAGCAUCUGCAGUCUGACGAUUACAGCAAGGACAAGGAUGCCCCAGCAUUGAUUGGCGAGAUGGACUCUUCAGGCAGUCUGAACGCUCACGCUCUGCUGCAUCUCACUGAGCGCGUACGAGCCAGAACAGUGUUUCAGACCCAGCAGUCCCAGUUUGUAACGUGGCAGUUUGAAACAGAGUACAGAGGGAACGACUUCACCGCUGCUGUGACGGUAGCCAACCCUGACAUCCUGAGAGAGUCAGUUAUCCUUGUGGCACACUUCCUGCAGAGUGUGUCCUCUGGGUUGGUUUUAGGAGGGGAGCUGGUCUACCAUCGGGGCCGAGCAGAGGAAGGAGGAAUUCUUACUUUGGCUGGACAGUACUCAAGACCAAACUGGGUGGCGACGCUGAAUGCUGGGAGAGGAGGGGCCCAUGCUAGCUACUAUCAUAGAGCCAACAAACAGAUCCAAAUCGGGGUGGAGUUUGAAGCCAGUACCAGGACACAGGAGACCACAACCUCAUUUGGGUACCAGAUGGAACUCCCAGAGGCCAAUAUGGUCUUUCGGGGUAUGAUAAACAGUCGAUGCAUAAUAGGAGGUGUUUUGGAGAAGCGCCUGACCCCGCUCCCUGCCACCCUGAUUAUGGGUGCCUUUGUAAAUCACAGAGGUGACAAGCUGCAAGUAGGCCUCGGGGUCAACGUGGGAUAAUCCUCCACACACCCCUGCUGGAGUUACAACUCGCUGUCAGGACAUCCAUCCAGAGACCUGUUUCAGAGGCUUUAUAACGACCUGAUCUUUCAAGGUAAAACACGUCCUACAAACCAACUGAAUAUCGUGGAUUUUUUUGAUUGUUGAAGCCCAAACAUGGGACUUGCAAUCUACCUCUCAAAAUGGAGGUGAUGUUUUCUGAUUGGAUUAAGCAGGAGAAAUGGAUGAACAUUUUGUGGGACUCAACAACUGGAGAUGCGUUACUGGUCCACCUGAAAUCAGACUGCACAUCACCUUCUGGACAAUGGAAACAGUGAGGAUAGGAGGCGUACUGUACUGUAAACUGAAAAUAACUAAAGGUUUUAUACUGUAGAUGGUCAAAAAGAGUCUUAAUGUAUAUAGAUUAUAUUGAAAGAUAACUGUGUUUCUCAUGUUUUAACCCACUAACUAUCAUUCUUGUUUACCUGACCUCUCUGCUGACCAUUUUUUAAAGAAAAGUUAGCUUGUACGAUGCAUUCCAACAUCCAUACUAUUUAGUAUGACAGAGAAAGAUUGAGUGUGUUCCAACACAUAGUAAGUCAAAUGCAAUAUACCAAAAAAAUACCAGAAUGUCCUGCUCUAUCCAGUUGGCAGUAUGCAAACAAUCUAUAAGGUGUGCAAGUUACCUUAGAAGGUAAAAUGACAUACAUUGUUAAGUAACAACAGCAGAGCUCUCCAGGGUGACUCCCGUCUCUUGUGAGCUGGGCAAAUGGCGUUUGUUGUAUCUCCAAGAUAACGGCUGUGCUCUAAAUCACUUACUUUUCUUUUGACUUCAAAUUUUGUCUCUGGACUGCAACAGUUAUAUGAGCAAGAGGGUCAAAGUUCAUGGCGCAAUGUUAUGGUGAAGUAGUACGUCCUAGUUGUAUGCAUACUCUAUGCAACAGUACGUACUUUGUCAGGGCAGCUGCAGUGCGUACUGAGAAGAAAAAGAAAAAGAAAAAGUGAUUCGGAACCCAGCCAAAGAAACAGGAAACCCAUUUAGGGUAGAUGAUACAAAUGACCAAAUUCAUAUUAUUCAUUUCUUAAUGUUCAUAUUGGCUUACAGUUUUUAACCCAACCCUCAUGCCUGGAGGAUCAAUAGCAAAACAAAGUGGUCAGCAGAAAUGUGAAAUGGGUAAAAUCAUGCUAAAAUGCCAGUGUGAUCCUUAAAAUCGAGUGUAUGAGUAAGUGUGUGUCUGAUUGUAUGCACAUCUUUUUUUCUUUUGCCAGCAUAUAAACCAGUGUGAGAUUCCUCACAUGAGCAAACAGCCUGUUGACUGUAAGAGCAAAGGUGCUGCUCCAUAUACACUAACCUCCAGCAGAGGGAUGAGAGAAAGGCGAUGCACUGACUCCACUGAGCCAGGACUGUACUGUAUGUAUGUAGAUGAAGGCAUGUGAAAACACUGACCUGUAUGCAACCUGCACUACUCACGCUGCUUCAGGGCUGCUCCAGUCCUGUUAAACAUAAGAAAUGUUGCAUAUGUAUUAUUUCUACUUUAUGUUAUAUAAGCAUAGAGAGGAGUGGAGGGGAGUAACUGUCUUUUUGGACUUAAUUUAUUAAAGAUGUUAUUUCUAUCA